UGAUAGGGAACGGACAUAAUCUUGCUGUCUGAUAAGGGUAAUAAUAAUCGGUGGCACACCGCUACCUGGAAUGCGGAAGAGGACAAGGGCAACGCCUAUUAAACGCCUCGCUGCUUUCAAAUGAGAUUGGCAUUGGGCCUGACUCGUCCUGGCGCAUCCUAACGGCAGAGGGAGAUAGCCAUAGUGCUGUCUGUUUCGGGCAAAUGGCGGCGAUGCCUUCGAGUGGGCUGUCCUUAAAUAGCGCAAGGAUGCGCACCGAACUCAACAGUAGCAAUUCGACCAGCCCAGCAGCAGGAUCGCCAGGAUGAGUGAAUUCAGCAUCGAUUACAUAUUGAACCGCGCUGGCGACAGAUACAUCGGCACCAAUGCCUCCGUCGGUGUCCUGCAACGAAUCCGCGCCAGCAUUCCAUUUCAUCCGUACGCGCAUCCCGGAUACAAGGAGCAGCGUGGAUCGCCCCCGGCUGUGGUGGCUCUUGAGGAGGGACAUCUACCCAUGUACGACUGGCUGCAGUACACCCGCUACCAUCCGCCCAAGCUGCCACGUGCCCUGCGGCAGAAUGGACCCGCCAAACGUACGCCUGGACGCCUGCCACGGAUCCCCUUCACUCCUGCCCAGCUCCAGGCUCUGGAGAGUGCGUACAAGGAGUCGAACUAUCUGAGUGCCGAGGAUGCCAACAAGCUGGCCGAAUCCCUCGACCUGACCAACACCCGCGUGAAGAUCUGGUUCCAGAACCGGCGCGCCCGCGAACGACGCGAAAAACGCGACAAGGAUGAGAGCUGCGACUCCACCUUCUCUUCGAAUGCCUCCAGUCCGGAACCGGACAUGCUUGUCAUUGUUUAAUGGGAGAUAUGGUGGAGCACCGCUCACGUUAUGACUGUUACUGGUGUACCUUGUGGAUGGGCUCUCAUACGAGUACACUCAUUAUUGAAUUUAAACUCAUUGUUGUACAAAUAAAUCUAAAUAAUUAUACAGACAAUAUUUCAUUAUAUUAUUUAAGUAGAGUAAGUUAAAUUAUAUUAUAAAUAAAUUAAAUAACAAUUACCCU